GGAUCUCCCAUUACAUUUUUGUCCUGCACCCGGAUUCUUUUUUUCGAUAAACAUCUUCAGCAAUAACACUCCACUUGAUCGAUUUAUACCCCGCGAUAUCCACCAUGUCUCUUGCUUUCCGCCGUGGAAUCUCUACUCUCAUCCCUCCGAAGGUUGCCUCGCCAUCGGUGAAUCGGAGCUGCGAAGGAUGCCUCCCGAAUGGCCCGUGUUGUAGAUUUCUACGGCAAGCUCCCAAGAGGUCCGGCGCCGGAGGUGAAGCCCACGGGCCCAUUCGAGAGAUACCAGGCCAGGUAUUUUGGGAAGAACCCAAGCGGCAUGCCUAUUGUUCAUGUCAUCGGGUUUCUCAUUGCGGCAAGCUCAACCCUGGAUAUGGCCAGGCAUACUACUUCCAUCUCCGCCACCACAAGAACAAUGCUCAUUAAUUGCUGGAGGGCGCAUAUAAGAACAUAUCCACUUGUAGGCUCAGGGGCGAUUACUUUUGUACUUAAAAAACGGUAGUUUGGGCACGUAUUAGUGGAAUACGAAGAGAGCUCUAGACCAG